AUGCGCAGUCGCGACGGCGCGGCCGGAGCCCGCGAAACGUCCGGAGCGGACGCGAGGGCGACGUCGGCCGAUGCUCUGCCCUUCUCCCCGGCCUCGGGCUGGUCGGACAGGUCCCGGGAGCCGCGGAGGGAGGAUGCCUCGCCGCCUCGUGCCAGAUCCCGGCUGUUUGAGCCCAAGAGCUGCACCUACACUUACCUGCUGGGUGACAGGGAGUCCCGAGAGGCCAUCCUGAUCGACCCGGUUGUGGACACAGCCAACCGGGAUGCCCAGCUGGUGAAGGAAUUGGGGCUUCGACUACUAUAUGCUGUGAACACACACUGCCACGCGGACCACAUUACGGGGACAGGGAUGCUGCGGUCCCUGCUCCCGGGCUGCCAGUCUGUCAUCUCGCGCCAUAGUGGGGCCCAGGCCGAUCUGCACAUUGAUGAUGGAGACUCCAUCCGCUUCGGGCGUUUUGCUUUGGAGACCCGGGCCAGCCCUGGCCACACCCCAGGCUGCGUCACCUUCGUCCUGAAUGACCACAGCAUGGCCUUCACGGGAGAUGCCCUGCUCAUCCGAGGGUGCGGGCGGACAGAUUUCCAGCAAGGCUGUGCUAAAACCUUGUACCAUUCGGUCCAUGAAAAGAUCUUCACGCUUCCAGGAGACUGUCUGAUCUACCCAGCUCACGACUACCGUGGGCUCACGGUGUCCACUGUGGAGGAGGAACGGACUCUGAACCCCCGGCUGACGCUCAGCUGUGAGGAGUUUAUCAAGGUCAUGGACAACCUGAAUUUGCCCAAGCCGCAGCAGAUAGAUGUAGCUGUUCCAGCCAACAUGCGCUGUGGGGUGCAGACCCCCAUCUCCUGACGGCUGCUCUCUGUCACGUGCUCCUGUCCAUGAUGCAGUCGAUGGCACAGGGUGGGGUAUUGGCCCCACUCCCCCUGUCUACCCUUCACCAGCUCUUCCAGUUUCUUAAAUAAACGUUUGUGUGUGUGUGCGUGCUGUGAA